UACAAAAAUCGGUGGUCUGUGGUCAAAAACCUUUCUCUGAAAAUCAAUUCGAAUCAUAUAGUGGUAAAAAAAUACAAUUAAAAUUGAUAUGAUCUAUAAAAACUGCUAUAAACUGACUAUGUCGUUGAUUCUUGUCAGUCAAAAUCACACGCCGGCUUAUUAAUGUGGGUUAAAAGUUUUUUCAAAUCUGUCCUCUUUGGCAUACCAGUCGGGGUAACCUUUCUGGACACAGUGGGAUAUGUUGCUAGAGUGGAAGGAAUUUCUAUGCAACCGGUGCUAAAUCCCGAGUCUCGGAACACAGACUACGUCUUUCUAUCGCGCUGGGCUGUAAGCGACUACGAAGUGAGAAGAGGAGAAAUAAUAUCGCUGGUAUCGCCGAAGGACCCCAAUCAAAAGAUUAUUAAAAGGGUUAUAGCAUUAGCAGGUGAUGUUGUGAACACGCUCGGCUACCAAAACCAGUAUGUGAAAGUCCCUGAAGGCCACUGUUGGGUUGAAGGUGAUCAUACUGGCCAUACAUUGGACAGCAACACAUUUGGUCCUGUGUCUCUUGGGUUGGUUAAUGCCAAAGCAGUGUGUAUUGUGUGGCCACCUGAUAGAUGGCAAAACUUAGAAGCCACACUGCCAGAAAAUAGAAAACCCCUGAGUGUAUCAAUAUGAUAAAAAAUAGAUCUACUUAACUAAAUUUAAUUUAAGUAUGUAUAUAAACAUCAAAAUUAUGUUAAAUUUGUGUAAGAAAACGAUAAGUGUUGUGUAGCAAAUAAUGGUUUUCUUAAAUGAUAGACGAAUUUAUGUAAAUAGUAUGCCUCUUUCAGAUCUCAAGACUAUUUAUCUUUUGGUUUUAGAUCUUACUACAAAACACUUAAUUAUUUAUAAUAAUGUAUAAAGUUAAAUAAAGUUGUGUUCAAUCUGUUU